UAGAUAGCUGUGAGGGAGCACUGUGUGCAGGCAGAGGAGGACUACCAGUACAAUACGUUGCGGACAGAAAGUGGAGGGCGAAAAAUAACUCAAGAACCGACAGAUCGCCGUACGCCAAUGUUCAAAAAUAUACAGUUUCGAUAGAGGCCGAAGGUUCGAGAAUCAGACGCAGAAGAUUUGAGCUUUGGUCAUCUGAAAAAGGAGAAUAUAAAGAUGUCGUCUCCAAGUCCGGGCAAAAGACGAAUGGACACAGACGUGGUGAAACUCAUCGAGAGUAAACAUGAAGUCACAAUCUUGAGUGGACUCAAUGAAUUUGUAGUCAAGUUUUAUGGACCACAAGGAACACCGUACGAAGGGGGUGUAUGGAAGGUGCGAGUAGAUCUUCCUGACAAAUACCCCUUCAAAUCUCCAUCUAUAGGAUUUAUGAAUAAGAUUUUUCAUCCGAACAUCGAUGAAGCGUCAGGGACCGUGUGUUUAGAUGUGAUCAACCAGACAUGGACCGCUCUUUAUGAUCUCACCAAUAUCUUCGAGUCGUUUUUGCCACAAUUGCUGGCUUACCCGAACCCCAUCGACCCUCUGAACGGGGACGCGGCGGCCAUGUACCUGCACCGGCCGGAGGACUACAAACAGAAAAUCAAAGAAUACAUCCAGAAAUAUGCAACAGAGGAGGCCCUGAAGGAGCAGGAGGAGGGAGCAGGCGACUCCUCAUCAGAAAGCUCCAUGUCUGAUUUUUCAGAGGACGAAGCUCAGGACAUGGAGUUGUAGUUAGGGGCGAGCUUUUCUCCCCUUUACCACAGAGACUAUAUGAUUUCCUAACCAUGCGAAGCAGACUAUAAAGAUUCAUAUUUAAACAAGGUGAUUUUUUUUAUCGUUAUUAUUAUUACUAAACCAGGAUUUUUAUGGAUAUCUAGCGUUGACGAUGAAUACGGCACCCUCUCUAGGUGUUCUGUCUCUACUUUCUGGUGGUUGUUUUUUUUCUCGACCUUUCUUUCGCUCUCUCACUCGCUCUCUCCGUCACCCCACCAAAAGAAAGGCUUGUAGUGUAUCCCCACGUCGAUAGCCACAUAGCCGGAAUGCAUGUCAUCGCCCCCCGAUCCACCUUUUCCUGGCUGACCGGAUUAUAACAGAGGCUGUAUCUUUAGCGGGGGUGCCCAAACUUUUUCUCCUUUGUGAUGUCACUAAUGUAUCGGAGACGCCUGCUGGUUCUGUCCGUGACGCUGUGAUGUGUAACCCCCUCGGCUUAGGCGACGGUCUUCGGGUGGAGUUGUUGCUGUGGGAUUGGACGCAUUUUGCCAGAUACGCCUUUGUUUCUUCGUUUGUACCUUCCCAGUCCAAGUCACUUGUUUUUUGUUUGUUUUUGUUUGUUUUGCAGCUGUCUGUGUGUGUUUUUUUUUUUAAAUGACGAUAAAAAUGUUAGCCGAAGGAAAAUGACAUUCAUUUUGUUGAUUCUAGUUCAUUUCUCUUCAUUGAUAUUUUAUGUGGGGUCUCACCUUGGGAAACAUCUGAUGUUUUGUCAUGCUGUACAGUACGAUGAUAAUCUGGAUUUUACGAAACGCACCUUUCGCUCACUCAUGGAUGGAUGUUACACUGUAAGAAAAGAUUUGUUGGUUUAACUAAAAUGCGUUACCUGAUAGCCUUAAUUUUUAUGUUUUGUCAACUAAUAUUUUUAAGUUGAAUUAAUACAAUUUUAAGGCAACCGGGGAAACUUAUGUUUUUAGGUUAAACCAACUUUUUAUUAUUUACAGUGAAUGGCAGGGUAGAUGGCGCUGUAAAUGUUUUUGCGGACGAAAAAGAGGCUGUGAGCGUUACAUGUACAAUUUUUUUUGGUUUUAACUUUGAUUGAUUAUUUUUGAAACACAUAUUGUUAAUGCUUUUAAUAGCAAUGACAAAAAACUAUUACUGUGGUUCAACUUAAAAAAGAACCUAGGCCCUAAGGUGACAUUGGAGUAAAAAAAUCGAAAGUUUAGUUUCAUGUGCUCACGUAAAAAGUUUCGCGUGCUCAUGUGUAACUUUCAUGUGGUCACGUUAAACCUUAAUGUGCUGAAUUUUUCUAAAAGUUUAGUUUCAUGUGCUCACGUAAAAAGUUUCGCGUGCUCAUGUGUAACUUUCAUGUGGUCACGUUAAACCUUAAUGUGCUGAAUUUUUCUAAAAGUUUAGUUUUGCGUGCGCACGUGAAACUAUGGCGUGCACACGUGAAACUCUGGCGUGUGCACGUGAAACUUUCAUGUGGUCACGCAAAACCUUAACGUGCUGAAUUUUUCUAAAAGGUUAGUUUUGCGUGGGCACGUGAAACUAUGGAGUGCGCACGUGAAACUAUGGCGUGCGCCUGUGAAACUUUCGCGUGCACACGUGCGUGCGCGAAACUUAACGCGAUAGUUUCACGUGCGUGUGCGAAACUAAACUUUUCCCCUUAGGGGCUCCGUAAAAAAGUAAGUUACCUGGUUGUCUUAAAUUUUUUUGUUAUUUUAACUUAAAAAAAGAACAAUUGUGUCCAACUAUUGAAACUUUCAAGUGCUCACACGAAACCUUCAUGUGCAGAUUUCUUUUUUAAAGUUUAGUUUCGUGUGCACGCGCGAUUGUUUCAGGUGCGCAUGCGAAACUAAACUUUAUAACAUUUUUCUCCAUGUCCCCUUAGGGGCUCCAUAAAAAAGUAAGUUACCUGGUUUCCUUAAAAUUUUGAGUUAUUUUAACUUACAAAAAGAACAAUUGUGUCCAACUAAUAUUUUUGAGUUAACUAAUAUUUUUAAGUUGAAUUGACUCAAAUUUUUAAGGCACUUUUUUAAGUUUAACCAACAAAUCAUUUUUUACAGUGUGGGGUAAUACAAGCAUGAAAAUUUAACAUGACGUGAGCAACCUGUCCCUCGCAGCUGAGUUUUCAUUUGGGAUAAAUGAUAUGCCGUCUACCCUGACUAAUGGGAUCAAUCCCACAAUCCCACUCCAGUGUGACUACUGAGGAAAACCUCACAACUCCCUUUAAAAUCUCUCGAGUGUCUUUUAAAGACAGCUGACAUGCAGAGAUUUGGCAUCAACAUUAAGCUCUUACUGUGGAAGCCCUACGACACAAACCAUGGCUGGAUUUGAAGACUCUUUGUCAUCCGACCUUCCGCAAUGAUCUCAAAAUGUCCAGGAAGUGAAACAAAGAAGAGUCUUUAUUUUUAAGAAAGUACAGUCUGUUCCUCUGUCCAUCUUUCAUUUUGUAAUAACAACGAGUGUUUGUCUUUUUACGUUUACCGUCUCGCACCCUUUUUGACUCAUUGUGGUUUGAUGCGGAAGUGGAGUAGUGGUGUAGAAAAGUUGCUAACAUUUGUACAAAUCAUCUUUCCUAUUGCUUGUGCAUAACUAUGAUAGCUGUCGUUAGACCUCACGUAGAUCUAGUUAGUUUACUGGGUGGUGAAGUUGAAAUUAAUGUUUAGGUUUUAUGUAACCUGCUUGAUGAUUAGGUUUGGUAAGAUCUGAUCUGCCUCCAUCAAUUACGACUUACAAAAAGAGUUUUUUGGGUUUUAGUUAACAUUUACUAAUACGGAGGGGAGGCGGUGUGGAAACGGCAGAUAAUUUCUGUAUAAAAAACACCUGCAGAUGUCAUCACUUUGCAGAUUUUUAUAUUUUCAGUAUUGCAGAUUCAUUCAUUGUCCGGAUACAAAAAAAUAAGCUUACAAAGAUGACAGACCUCGGUGGAAUAGCAUAAAGGGUGGGUUUUCGCAAUUCGGAUUGUGUGGUUUUUUUCUAAGCUGCCAAUAUUUAUCUUCUGGAGUGAGUUUUUCAUUCUUCUGUUUUUCUUUUUUAUGAAAUCAAUGUCGAAUGGGCGAAAGCCUGUGUCAAGAAUUGGCCGAAUAGUGCAAUGAAGAAAGUUUCAAAUAUUUCCCAUAUUUUUUUUUUUACAAGGACACCAAAUUUCUCACCUGUAUGCAGUAUUGUGUUUAAGUGAGAGGAGGCGUGAGAUGUGGACUGACAGAUAUUUUUUUUAUUUUUUAAAUAUAGAUGGCUUUGUUUCACAUGCAACACUGCCUUUUUACCCUCGUCUCUCAGAUGCAUAAAAAUGCAUCUCUGCUGUCCAAACCCUGCCUCUCUUUAUUUCAUUUCUACUUCAUUAUUGCUCCCUGGAUUUAAAGGUUUAAUACGAGAGGACAUUUAGUUUGAAUAAUUGUUUGUUUGUUUUUAAUGUAAGACUCAAAUUGAUUUGAAGAAUCUCGAAUAAACAUGUAUAAGUGUGCUUCCAUACGUUUAAUUUCAUAAUGAUAUUGAGUUUAUUAUACUAAUUCCUGGAUUCCUUUUUUCCCAUGUCAAUAAAACCGAGGCACCCAUCUGAAGCAGGUAAUGCUAUGUUGAUGUCUGCGGGCGCUCUAUUUUUUAAAGUUAAAAUUAAUAAAUAAUUACAAUGUGACCUUUGUGUCCACAGUGCUUAUAUACGCACACAAACAUCUACAUGCAACUCGUUCUUAAUGUCAAGGUCCGUUU